GUUUUGCUAAACUUAGAAAAGGCAAACAAUUAGAAGUUGGUUAUUACAAUUCUGAUACUAAAGAGGGAAAAAAUUAUGAUAGAUGUAAAAAUCCUGAACAUCAACCAUGCAAAUGUGAUUUUUUUUAUCUUUCCAAAAUCUGCAAAAAGUAUAAUAAGUCUUGUGAAAGACCAUUUGCUCGAAUUAGUGAAGAUACUGAAAUUGCUGGUCUUUGGGAAUAG